AUGUCGCUCCAGGUUCCCCAUCGCCCUAAGGAGGGCUCAACCAAGGCCGUUAUCCUGGUCGGUGGUCCCUCCCGAGGCACUCGCUUCCGUCCCCUCUCCCUCGAUGUCCCCAAGCCCCUCUUCGAGGUCGCCGGCCACCCCAUCAUUUGGCACUGCAUCUCUGCCAUUGCCGCCGUGGGCUCCAUCCACGACGUCUACAUCAUCGGAUACUACGACGAGUCAGUCUUCCGCGACUUCAUCAAGGACGCCUCUAAGGAAUUCCCCGUCCUGAGCUCCAUCAAGUACCUCCGAGAGUACGAGGCCCUGGGCACCGCCGGCGGCCUCUACCACUUCCGUGAUGCCAUCCUCAAGGGCCGCCCCGAGCGCCUCUUCGUCCUCAACGCCGACGUCUGCUGCUCGUUCCCACUGGCCGACAUGCUCAAGCUCGCCCAGGACAAGGACGCCGAGGCCGUGAUCCUCGGCACCCGCGUCUCCGACGAGGCCGCCACGAACUUCGGCUGCAUCGUCUCCGACGCCCACACCAAGCGAGUCCUCCACUACGUCGAGAAGCCCGAGUCGCGCAUCAGCAACCUCAUCAACUGCGGCGUCUACCUCUUCUCCACCGAGGCCAUCUUCCCCUCCAUCCGCUCCGCCAUGAAGCGCCGCCUCGACCGCCCCGCCCGCCUCCUCUCCUACCCCUCCUCCGACAACCUCGAGACCAGCUACCUCCACGCCCAGGCCGCCGACGACGACGACGAUGACGAGGAGGGCCGCAAGACCGAGGUCAUCCGCCUCGAGCAGGACAUCCUCGGCGACAUGGCCGACAGCAAGCAGUUCUUCGUCUACGAGACCAAGGACUUCUGGCGCCAGAUCAAGACUGCCGGCUCCGCCGUCCCCGCCAACGCCCUCUACCUCCAGCGCGCCCUCCAGUCCGGCAGCGAGGAGCUCGCCCAGCCCAGCGCCAACAUCGUGCCCCCCGUCUUCAUCCACCCCACCGCCGACAUCCACCCCACCGCCAAGCUCGGCCCCAACGUGAGCAUCGGCCCCCGCGCAGUCGUGGGCGCCGGCGCACGCAUCAAGGAGUCCAUCGUCCUCGAGGACACAGAGGUCAAGCACGACUCGUGCGUCCUCUACUCCAUCAUCGGAUGGGGCAGCCGCGUCGGCGCCUGGGCCCGCGUCGAGGGCACCCCCAUCCCCGUCACCACCCACUCCACCAGCAUCAUCAAGAACGGCGUCAAGGUCCAGAGCAUCACCAUCCUCGGCAAGGACUGCGGCGUCGGCGACGAGGUCCGCGUCCAGAACUGCGUUUGCCUGCCCUACAAGGAGCUGAAGAGGGACGUGGCCAACGAAGUCAUCAUGUAA